UUCCGGCGUUUCUUCACAUCCGCGUACGAUGUCGUUUCCUGAUGACUGGUGGGCUGAGCAACCAUGGAAAGAAAGCGACUGAAAACAUGGGAUUACAUCGCGCUUGUUCUUGUUAUUUUUGCCUUUCUGCUACAGGUGGCGGGGUAUUUCAUACCCACGUGGUGGUCCUACAAUGACCCCUCGGCUCGGCAUACGAUUGUGGUGUCCAUGCUUGGCUCUGUUGAGAAUGAAGCUGAAGUGGAAAGAACCAAAACAGUUAUCGAGAUCGAAGGAGGAAGGGAAUGGCUGUUUAUAUCCCGUGCCUUUGGUGCGUUCGGAAUCCUGCUGAAUUUCCUGUCCUUUAUUUUCCAUCUUCUAUACAUGUGCAUAAGAUAUGACUGUAACAGAUCUGCCUCUAUUUACCUUCUGGGUGCCUCAAGUUUGUUUAUACUUGGAGGUGCAAUAGUAUUUGUGGCGUUGUAUAAAGAAUUGGCUACCAAUUUAAAACCCGACUUGCAGACAUUAGGAUUCCCAUGGGGAAUUUGCAUUUUGGCGGGAAUUGUCACCAUAGCGGCGUCCAUAGUAACGGCAGUAGCAACCGUGAAAAAGGCCAAUCAGUGGGACUUUGAGGAUGACGAUGAUAUAGAUUUCUCCGAAGUUCAAAUGAGAAGAAGAUAGACAGUUCAAAUACAGCAAUUUUCAUGUAUCCCCUUCAUAACUUUAUAAUAUUGCACCGCCAGAGUUCACAGAGUUCAAAGCGUAUGAAUGGAGUUGAAGUCUUUGUUGUGGUGAAGUCAGUGUUGAACUGGUCACGAAACAUUGAAAAUCUACCAAACCAACUUGCUGUUAUAAAAGAUACAUUUCUCCGAAGAAGCUCAAACAUUACUCAAAGAUUUCUGUGUCCUCUGCUUUACGUAACACAUGUGCAUAAUGAUAAAGUGUACAAGAACAAAAGAUGGAAAUACGUAUAGUUGGAUAAUCAGAAGAUUUUACAAACGCCUACAGAAUGAGAAGGAUUUGUUUUAAAUUUUACUCAUGAUACAGUAUAUAUAGACAUAUAUGCCAGUAUUUUUUUAAAAUUAGAUAUAAGGAGAUUUUUGUAGUUUUAUCAACCAGGAUGGAUCAAAACAGUAAUAAUUUCCUUGUAAAGUGUAAACAUGGAUGUAGCAACACAUAUUAUUAGUUCCUGUACAACACAGUGUCUCAGUGUGUCGUCAGUUUUACCUAAGAUUUAUCGGGGCUUCAUAAGUGUCAAGUUUGCUUUUGCUUAAGCUUGGCACUUUUUAUAAAGAUGAACUAAAUAAACCCAGAACAAGUAUAGUUAUGCCAUGUGAUAUUUGUACCAAAAAGACAUACAUUGUAGCAAAUACAAGAAACUUCUACUGCUUUUGUACAGUUGUACCCAAUUAAAUACAAACUUAUCAGCAAUCAAAUCAUAUUCUGUCGCCAAAAAGCUUGACUUUAAUACUUUUUAUAAUUUGAAUGUAUGCCCUUUUUAUAUUAUAUUAUAUUUGCAUACUUUUAUAUACUAUCAAACAUAAAUCGUUUUAAAUUUUGAUUAUCUAACUGUGAAAUCGAAAUAUGAAUGUACAUGUACAGUUGUAAAGAUAUUAAUCUUAUUUUUGUUGAUUGAUUUGUUUUAGCCAAAUUCUAUUGAUUCUAAAAUUAAGUCCACAAUUUUUUUUUAUCUGUGUUCUUUGUUAAACAGCUUUAUAUAUAUUAAUAUACCAUUUAAAAAGAGA